GCUGCAGCCAGAGCGGGAGCCCGAGCGGCGCGGCGCGGCGCGGCGCAGCGCAGAGCUGGGGCUGAGCCGGGCCAGCCGAGCGGGGCCGGGCGCGAGCCAUGGGCCGCUAGGGCCGGGCCGAGCCCCGCGAUGCCGCCGUCGAGUGGCCCCAACGUCUUUGCGCGGCUCCUGCCGCUGCUGGGGCUGCUACUCGGCGGUGCCUCCCGGGCUCCCGGCAAGUCGCCGCCGGAGCCCCCCAGCCCGCAGGAGAUCCUGAUCAAGGUGCAGGUGUAUGUGAGCGGGGAGCUGGUGCCCUUAGCUCGGGCCUCAGUGGAUGUGUUUGGGAACCGGAUGCUGCUGGCUGCUGGCACCACGGACUCAGAGGGCGUGGCCACACUGCCCCUCAGUUACCGCUUGGGCACCUGGGUGCUGGUCACUGCUGCCCGCCCUGGCUUCCUCACCAACUCCGUGCCCUGGCGUGUUGACAAGCUGCCCUUGUACGCGUCAGUCAGCCUCUACCUGCUCCCAGAGCGGCCGGCCACCCUCAUCCUCUAUGAGGACCUGGUGCACAUCCUCCUGGGCUCUCCUGGUGCCCGCUCCCAGCCCUGGGUGCAGUUCCAGCGCCGGGCUGCCCGCCUGCCUGUCAGCUCCACCUACAGCCAGCUCUGGGCCUCCCUCACACCUGCCAGCACCCAGCAGGAAAUGCGGGCUUUCCCGGCCUUCCUGGGCACCGAAGCCUCCGGCUCAGGCAAUGGCUCCUGGCUGGAGCUGAUGCCCCUGGCUGCUGUGAGCGUGCACCUGCUGACAGGCAAUGGGACAGAGGUCCCACUCUCGGGCCCCAUUCACCUGUCCCUGCCUGUGCCCUCAGAGCCUCGUGCCCUUGCCGUGGGCACCAGCAUUCCAGCCUGGAGGUUCGACCCCAAGAGUGGGCUGUGGGUACGCAAUGGCACUGGUGUGAUCCGGAAGGAAGGCCGGCAGCUCUAUUGGACCUUCGUCUCCCCCCAGCUGGGGUAUUGGGUGGCUGCAAUGGCCUCCCCCACGGCUGGGCUGGUCACCAUCACAUCGGGCAUCCAGGACAUUGGCACCUACCAUACCAUCUUCCUGCUCACCAUCCUGGCAGCCCUGGCCCUGCUGGUGCUCAUUCUGCUGUGUCUGCUCAUCUACUACUGCCGGAGGCGCUGCCUGAAGCCGAGGCAACAGCACCGCAAGCUACAGCUCUCCGGGCCCUCUGAUGGUAACAAACGAGACCAGGCCACUUCGAUGUCCCAGCUCCACCUCAUCUGUGGGGGGCCCCUGGAGCCUGCCCCAUCGGGGGACCCCGAGGCUCCGCCUCCAGGCCCCCUCCACUCGGCCUUUUCCAGCUCCCGGGACUUGGCCGCCUCCCGGGACGACUUCUUCCGCGCCAAGCCACGCUCUGGCAGCCGUCCGGCCGCCGAGCCCGCGGGUGCCCGCGGGGGCGAGGGCGCCGGGCUCAAGGGCGCCCGCUCCGUCGAGGGUCCCGGCGGGCUGGAGCCAGGCCUCGAGGAGUACCGGCGGGGGCCCUCGGGGGCCGCGGCCUUCCUGCACGAGCCGCCCUCCCCGCCGCCGCCCUUCGAGCACUACCUGGGCCACAAGGGGGCGGCCGAGAGCAAGACCCCCGACUUCCUGCUGUCGCAGUCGGUGGACCAGCUGGCGCGGCCGCCGUCACUUAGCCAGGCCGGGCAGCUCAUCUUCUGCGGCUCCAUCGACCACCUCAAGGACAGUGUCUAUCGCAACGUCAUGCCCACCCUGGUGAUCCCCGCGCACUACGUGCGCCUCGGCGGCGAGGCGGGCGCCGCGGGGACGGGCGACGAGCCUGCCCCGCCCGAGGGCACGGCUCCCGGCCUGGCGCUCAGCGAGGACACGGAGCCGAGCAGCAGCGAGAGCCGCACGGGCCUCUGCUCCCCCGAGGACAACUCGCUGACACCGCUGCUGGACGAAGUGGCGGCGCCCGAGGGUCGGGCGGCCACGGUGCCCCGGGGCCGGGGCCGCAGCCGCGGGGACAGUUCCCGCAGCAGCGCCAGCGAAUUGCGGCGCGACUCGCUCACCAGCCCGGAGGACGAGCUAGGGGCGGAGGUGGGCGACGAGGCAGGCGACAAGAAAAGCCCGUGGCAGCGGCGGGAGGAGCGGCCGCUUAUGGUGUUCAACGUCAAGUAGUGCCCCCGCCCCGCCUGGCGCGGCCUCCAGGCCGGCUUCCACCCUGGCCCGCCCCCAGGGUGCGCGCCCCGGGGAGCUGCGGGGCUGCCCGCUCUUAACCCCCGCCAGGCGUGGAAAGGUGCCCGGGGGCCUGCGGAGCUGUCCAGGGGUAUGUGCUUGGUAAUGUCGUGGGAGGGACCCCAUGUCUACCUCCAAGAGGGAGAUGGGAGGGGGCCAGACCCGUUG